AAGUCGCGUGACCCCGGAAGUGACAGGCCGGCGGGCGGCGGCCGACGACGUUCGUCACUCGGUGCGGGAGGGAGCGAGAGUCGCGCGGCCGACCCUCCGGUGUCACAGACCCAGGCGAGAGGUGAGCAUGGCGGAGCAGGAGCCCACAGCAGAGCAGCUGGCGCAGAUUGCGGCUGAGAACGAGGAGGAUGAGCACUCGGUCAACUACAAGCCCCCAGCCCAGAAGAGCAUCCAGGAGAUCCAGGAGCUGGACAAGGACGACGAGAGCCUGCGCAAGUACAAGGAGGCCCUGCUGGGCCGCGUGGCCGUCUCUGCAGACCCCAACGUCCCCAACGUCAUCGUGACCCGCCUGACCCUGGUGUGCUGCUCAGCCCCAGGCCCCCUGGAGCUGGACCUGACAGGUGAUCUGGAGAGCUUCAAGAAGCAGUCCUUUGUGCUGAAGGAGGGUGUGGAAUACCGGAUAAAAAUCUCAUUCCGGGUGAACAGGGAGAUCGUGUCCGGCAUGAAGUACAUCCAGCACACGUACAGGAAAGGCGUCAAGAUCGACAAGACCGACUACAUGGUGGGGAGCUACGGCCCCCGGGCAGAGGAGUAUGAGUUCCUGACCCCCAUGGAGGAGGCGCCCAAGGGCAUGCUGGCCCGCGGCAGCUACAACAUCAAGUCCCGCUUCACAGACGACGACAAGACUGACCACCUGUCCUGGGAGUGGAAUCUCACCAUCAAAAAGGAGUGGAAGGACUGAGCCCGGCCUGGGAGACGGGCAGGGCGGACGGACAGGCGGACGGAUGGACGUGCCCCAUCUCCACCCCAGCCCCUCCCCCCAUACCAAAGUGCUGACAGGUGACAGGGCCCCUCCCCGGCUGUCACUUCCACCCGGGUCUGGCUCAGCUGGAGCUCCUCCGCCCGCCCCUCCUCAGCCCUCCAGCCCACAGGCCCCCAGCCUCCUCGGUGGUCUCGUGUCUCGUUGCUGCUUCUGCCUGUGCUGUGGGGGGGAGAGGCUCUGGCUCGGCCUCUGCUGCCCUAUCUGUGUCCCUCCGGGUCCCCUCUACUUGUCAUGCCUGAGGCCCUGGCUCUCAGAGGGAGCAGAGCGUCGUGCGGGGCCUCACAGGCACACCCCCUCCCACCGGGCGUGGAGCCGGGCUGCCAGGCAGGGCCCCUCUGGGCUCUCCAGCCCCACACUCCCGCCGUCAUCCAUUGCUGUCGGUUCCGUCUAACCAUGAUGCCUUAACAUGUGGAACGUGCCGUGGGGGCCGCAUUAACCUCUAACCCUGUGUCUGCAUGAGCAUGUGGUCUCCCUGUCCUUGCCUUGUCCACGACUCCGGUGGCCCGGGGAGGUGGGGUGGGGGUGCGCUGCCGCGGCUUCCCAGCCUGCUGGGCCUGGCCAGCCCUUCCCCUCCCCCAGCCAGGGCUGUUGGGAGGGCUCCCGCUGCCUGGGGAAAGCCAAAUUGCCAAAACUCAAGUAGCCUCCAGUCCCACCUGGGAGGCUGUGUGUCCUGACGCCUCUGCCUUCUCUGCCCGUGGGGUGCUCGGAGCCACCUCCCCCACAGAGAGCCCAGACAAAGCCAGUGGCCGAGCCUUAUCGUCCUGCCUGGAAUUGCGUUCCUGGCCUGUCAGUAUUUAUUGCCUCCAAAUGUGCCGUCCUCUGGGCCAGCUGGCCUGCCACCUCUGCCCCCAGGCUCUCAGUGCCACCCUCCCCGGGCAGGCCCUCCCUGGACCCAGCAGGACAAACGGGACCAAGUGCACACAGUUGGGAGCCAUCUCCUGUGCCUCCCUCCCCCUCCCCGGUCUUUGUGUAGCGUCCGCCAGGCUCAGGCCUCAACAGGCAGAGGUGCCUGUCCCUGCUUCUCCUUUUCUGACCGGGAAAUAAAUGCCCCUAAAGGA